GGCAGCCUUUAAUGUCCAAAACUUGUCCAAACUUUAAAACCCAACACUGGGCCGGACGAAAGAAAUUAUUGGACAGUAUAAAAAAGGAUCUACAAAAAGUUGUAAAUUCAGAAGAUAUAUUUGACAAAACGCGAAAAAGAAAGGCUAGAGAAAUCUGGAGGGUAGACCACCAGAUUUUAACAGCCGGAAACUCUGGAAUCCAAAAUAUUGAUAGCCGUCAAAGAAAACAUCAUCGAGAAGAUGAAGAACCGGAAAAGGUCGAUGAUGAUUCCACGUUUAGCUCCAAAAUUGGGAAUAGUCGUACGUAGGACCAAGAGUAGGAGAAUUAUACUGGAUUAUAAUGAAGAUUCCUUGGAUGUUGCAAAAUAUAAAAAGAUUAAUAUUACUAUAUGUUAACUUAUCAUUAUCUAAUAAUUACCUUACCUGUCAGCAUAUCUCAAAGUAUUUAAUGUGUGUCUAAUAUUCGAAAUGUUUGGUGUUGUCGCGAUCAUGCAAAUUCUUGAAUUUUCGACGAAGGAAUCUGUUGUUGAAAGCAUUGAAAUUGCCUAAAGAUGAAAAAAGAAUCAUAAAAAGUAAUCCUGGACAUGAGUCAUCGAUAUCGUUAAGACAAAAUGAUGUCAAAGUUGAUGAUAUAGAUAUGACAUUGUCAAAAGUCUGAUAUCUUGCGCAUAUUGCUUUUAUUCACAAGGUUCAUCACUUAAUAAAUUCUUUUAUAUAUAUCCUUAUAGGA